AACAUGAAUGUGAUUAAUAUACAGCUACCGUAAAAUCUUGAAUUGAACUUAAAUGUUGUACAUUUGACCCAUUUGUCAAACAUUAAUACUAUUGAUUCAUUUACAGAAUCCACUCAUGAAGACUAAAUUUUCUACAAUGCCAAACAGCACUCAAGUAUCUAGUCAAUCUGGCAAUGCUGCUGUCAAUGGAACUGUAAUAGCUGAUGAGCUAGUAGUAGAUUUGCCUGACCAGCUAAAUAAUGAAUGGGGAAGUCUGAAUAAUAAACAAAUUAAAGAUGAAAAAAGUCGUACAGAUAUAGUAUCUCAUGAGAUGGGCCAGCUGCUCCUCAAGGGAUACAAGAUGCUGGCCACCACAUGUCACUUGUGUGACUGUAUCCUCAUGGAAGACAGAGCAGGUGUCCAACUCUGCAUUGGGUGCAAUUUAGACAACAGUAAUACAGUCAAGGGCCCAGCACAGCAAAAUAAAGACCCUGAAUCCAUCGUGGUCACAUUUAAACCCAAGAAGAAGUCAUCUGCUCCUAAAGCUUCCCAUUCCUCGUCUGCACCCAGGAACUCCCAUUCCUCAUCUGGUCCAAGCAGUUACGUGGUUCAAGGCGUGGAUUUGAGCUCAGAAAUGAGGGAAGUGGUCACUGCCAUCGGCCACAGGCUGGGCAAGCUCACCCAGCAGCUGUACAGCUCCGACGACCAGGACCAGCUAGCCAAAUGCCUCGCCUCAAUCACCUCCACCGUCUCUGUGCUAGAGAAAAUCAGACAACUUUCUGAGUGAAUAAUAUUUUUUGGUUACCUUUAUUGCUUGUAUUUUCUUACUUUAGUGAAAUGAUUAAUUUUUUAAACCAUCGGUUCAAUAAUUGGUUUAACAUUGUUUUUCGUGAGACUAUAAUAAUUUUCUUUAUGUACGGUACCUAUGUUACUGGAUUUUAUGAGGUGUUGAAUUAAAAUUUACACUUCU